AUGAGCGACAACAACGACCGCCCGCUAUAUUCGAGGCGCACCGCUCAGCACAGCGGAAGUAAAACUGGUUCUGCAUUCGCAGCGAUAUUUCGCAAUGUGCUGCGAGGCACAUUUCCGCAGGACAGUAAUUAUAGCAACAACAACAGCAGCAGCAGCAAUAUUAGCAGCAGCAAGGGCCUGGCAAAGCCAGAGCAGUUUCCAAGCAUUGACACCGCAGCGACUGGCCCCGCCACCGACCCUGUCGCACAGUCAGCGGUGGCGGAGCACCCGCGCGACAACAGUGCCGAUGAAACAGGAGGCAUUGAUAUUGGCCAGACGUCAUUGGCAACAGCAGAGCUGCAGACCGCCGCCGAGGGUCCACAUAGCAUGGAGCUUGCUGAGGGCUUCACAGGAGACGAUUCGUUACAAUCGGCCGAUUCGCAAGCCAGGCUCGGCCCAUUCGAUGCAGAUCUGCUAGUUCUCGAGUGCGCUGGGCUGGCCGACCAGGACGCGCCGAUGGAUCACAGACUUUCGGCGCUGCAGAAGCUGGUUUUUGAUAUCAAAGGCAAGCAAUUGGUCAACGUCAACGCUAUGUGGCACGCAAUCGGAGACAUCGCCCGGCUCGUCUUCCAAAACUACGGGGAUAAUGAUGAUGGGGCAUGCCAGCUAGACUCGGAUCUGCGGUCAACCGCGCGUAUGCUGAUCCUGAGUAUUCUAGUUGAGCUGGCCGAGAGCAAGCUACAGGAUAGCAGCUUCGGAUUCGAUGCUUUUGGGACGCGCAACGAGAUGCUUGACAUUGUCAGCCAGGCGGAUGGCUGGGCCGAGAUUAUGCUGGCAGUACGGUGCGCGUCGUGGGCCUCGGACAACGGACAGCACCUCGCUGAAGACUCAAUGACCUGGUUCGAGCGGGCCGAGAGCUGGGUGCGGCUGGCAGCCGAUCAGUGUUACCCGGAAGAUCCGCUUUUGGAGACUGCGCAGGCCCCGUCCGCGGAUGCAGCGGUAGCGUUGACCGCCUCGCUGGAAUUCCUCUCGCACAUUAUCUGCGCUGAGUACCCCGUUUUGGACCCCUUGCCGAUAUCAAAAAUAACAUCUUCUUUGUGCGAGAAGGCUAUGCAGACCAAGCUGCUUAGAGAGGGCGCCAUUGAAAAGGUGAUGUGGAUCUGGGGCGAGGCCACGCACCUUCAUGGCCUGCUGCAUCUUCUCAAGACUGUGAUCACCUACGGCGCGCUGUCAGAGGGAGUGCUGAUGCAGGGAAUUAUGUUGUUGUGCACCACAGUCAGCAUCCCCAUGUGCAAGCAGCUGUGUUGCGACAUUGUGUACACGCUAUUCACGUCCUGUUACAUGCGCGACACGCUGCUGUCGAUGAGCCACAUCACAAAUACAAAGGACACGUCCCUCAACAACACGCCCAUAUACGGCAUGCCCGCGAUGACGCUGUACCAGCUGGCAGUUAACGGCAUAGUUUUCUUCAUCACACAGGUGAUGGAUACGGGGCCGACAUGCUUUCAGUUCAGCCUGCGCACGGGCAACUGUCUACCUGUACUGGGCAAGGCGGCUGAUUGCAUGCAUCCCGAGGUGCUGCGACUGGUGUUCCCCUACCUGUGCAGGGUGGCUAACGACGACCGCAUUGAUUCGAUUCUCGUCGACGACUGGGGCAUGGUGCUCAGCAUCAUGACGAGCACCAUUGAGUGCCGCACGACUGACAAGUACAAAGACGAGCUGGACGGCGACUUGGAUGGCGGCGAGAGGGCUGCGACUCUGGCCCAGCUUUAUGAUUGCGCGCUAGAGUCGAUUCCAUUUCCCGCCGGCCUCGUCGUCGAUUUGCUGCUGAGGCUGGAUCACGUGCUUUCCGACGACCUCGCCCAGGAGCUGCUGCACUUAGUCGAGGUCGCCGGUUUCCUGAGCACCGAAGAGGCCCGGCGGCUGGAGACUCUUGAGAGCCUGAUGCACCUAUUUUACUUUGACCGGUCGCGCUCGAUUGCCCUGCGCCAGAAUAUGGUCCAAGUGUGUGUUAAGGUCUUCUCCGGGCGCACCAACGCGGACCUUGCCGGAUUUUUGCGCAUGCCCUUUAUCACGUCGCUGCUUGAGCAGCUGCAUCUCGAGGAGGAUGGCAAGGUUGUCGAGAGCGUGCUCGAAAUGGUGGAGAUUGCCAUGAACAAGGCCGGCGACUCGCAGCUAUUCCAUGCGAUACUAGGAUUUGCAGCGCAGGCGGCAAUCGAGCCACAGUACACCCGGAAGAUCCAACAGCAGCGCCAGAACGUGGGCAGCGCGACGCAUCACGGUGAGGCAUCUCCGGGGCAGUACAACUUUCAGCAUUCUGCACCGAGCUCACCGCCUCCAGUAGCGGCACCAGUACUGGCACCUGCACUGUCACCAACUGACAGCCACGUGUCCGACAAAAGCGAGGCCAGUUACUCCAGCUUUGAGCGCAUUUCGAUCACUGUGCACUGCCUGCUGGCCGUUCUCGAAUGGCGCAUUACAAACACCGCCGUCAGCAACGGCAUGGACUACGACCGCUCAGUGCCCGACACCAUUGAGCUCACCGAGCGGCUACUGGACAUGCUCGAGUCCAUCCACACGUUCCCGUCCGUGCAGCGCGACAUACUGUCGGUGUUUACGCGGCUGCAUGCUGACUCAAUGUUGAAGCUGUACAUCCUGCCCUCGUGCAACGACAGCGUCAUGGAUCAGCGCGUGAGCUUGCGCGAAAACAGGCGUCUGCAGCUUGACGCUGUAACCAAGGAAGGAGGGAAGGCCAAUCCUGCUAACCCUGAGUGCAGCAACAUCAGCUCAGCCGCUUCCAGCACCCAGAUUAUACAGUUCCCGAUCCAGCGCUACGUCAGCAUUCUAACUCAUCUGUUUCAGACAAAUACCGAUAUCGAGACGUACAAAACCCUCUGCAGUGGCCUGCGGGUGCAGCUUGGCAAUGCGUAUCUGUUCAAGGACUGCAGGGACCAGAUACGCACGCUGGUCAACUAUCUGAUCAGCUUUCUCCGUAUGUCAACGUACGGUCAGGAUGGGCGCACGCGGCUGUCGGCCACGGAAAAGGACCGCAUGUCGACACUCACUUACAGCCUUUUGAUCGGCGUCAUGCAUUACAAGGAGCUUAUCCAGCGCAAGCAGCAGGACUCGCUGAUUCUCGCCUUCUCCGAAGGGCUGAUCCUGACCUCGACAUCGUAUGCUACGUCGCAGAUCUGCCUGCACGCGCUUGGCGUCGGCAUGCUGGAGAUGCCGGCGCGAUGA